AUGGAAACUCUGGCUCCAUACAUAGAUCCUUUGAUUAAUCUUUUGAAAGACACUCAACUGAAUAAGGACAAAUGCAAGUCAGACGAGUUAAUCCGGCAUAUAAACAGCAUAAAUGACCACGAGAUCAAAACUUGGUGUAUACAAUCAUUCGAGAUCCUUAAGGACCUUGAAACGAUCGAGCUCAAGAUCUAUAACUGGGAGUUUCAGGCUCUGGAAUUCAAGCUUUCUCAAUCGUUGAUUCUGGAUGAAGAAGAUCAGAAAAAGCGUACUUUCAAUUCGAGUCUCGCUCGAAAAGUUGCCAACAACUGUUUGGAAUUGCAUAAGAAUUUGCAGCAGCUUGGAAUAGAGAUAGAUGAGGUCAAUGCAGGAGCACGCUUUAUGACCCCGUUGCAACGGAUUAGUGAUCCCGGAACGAUUUUGACCGAGCUGAUGUUGAGAGUGAUGAAAUUGAGAUCCAGCUUAAUUGACCAGGUCUCAAUUCAUUACUCAAAAGCAAAACUAGUCAACAUAGGAAUAGACCUUGAGAAUCUUAUCUACGAAGAGGAAGACCGCAAGUAUGGCGAUAUAACGGAGGAAACAGUCAUCAACUAUAAACUUUUUAUCAAUAAUUUGCUCCAACAGAUCAAUGACUGCAUCAGUACAGGUGACACAAUAGGAGCUAUGGAAUGUAUUUCCAUUGUUACAGAAGUGGAGAAAAUGUUCGAGACCAUGAAAUUAGACAGACUGUCACGUCAACCAGAGAGAUUGUUGUCAUUGCCGGAAAUUACCUCGGAUGAGCUGUGUGAAAGGCCUGACUCUCCGGCUUCCUCCUCAGUCACCAUGUCUGACACCUUAUGUGGUGAUGAUGAAAAUCCAGAAAAGGCAGAUUAUUUGAAACGAGCCAAAUCUGAGAGGUUUCGUAGUUUCAACGCUGCACACAACUCUUCAUUGCAUAAGACUACUUUAACAGAAAAGCUUCCAUUCUUGAUGCAUGCUUUCGAAGAAGCCAGGUCUAUUGAGGAAGAUAUCAGAGGAGUUAUGGAGUCUUCUGAUAUAAAAGUGACCGACCGAAAGUUGAAGGAAUCACCACCGUGCCCCAUCGCAUCUUUAUCAAGCUCUUCCAUAAUGGAAGAGCCUAGCAUGAAAUUUUCACUUUAUCGCUCGCUCAACAAUCCGUUGCUAAACGCGUUGAUGGGCCCCACAAAGCCCGUUUACAUUCAAGAUCCAUCGCACCGUUUCGAAAAGCAAAAGCCAGAACUUACUGUCCAUGCAAAACCACAACCCGGAUCUCAUUUAACAGUUGUUACUGGCGCUGAGCAGAAUAAACUGUACCAUGACAUCGGAAAUGUCAUUGACUAG